AUGUCUGCUGCACCUGUUCAGGAUUUCGAGUUUGAUGAUGAGUUUGACCCUGACAUUGAUCCCGAGCAUGAGGUUGAUUUCGUCCCCGACGAUCAGCUUUUUGAUAUACCCGCUGAUCUCGAGCCGAUACCCGCUGAUCCUGAGUUAGCACCAGCUGACCCUGAGCCUAUGAUUGCACCCGAGCCUAUACCUGCUCACGAUCCUUUUCCUGAGCAUGAACCCGUUGACAUUCCAGUUAUUGCACCACCUUUACCUGACCCGAUCCCUGCACCUGUUGAUCAUGCUCCUUUUGCAGCCCAGAUUGACCCCAGAUAUGCAUUCACCCGCAAUGGGUGGAUCGAGGACGAUGAUGAAUUGCCUCCUUUUGUUAGGCAUGUUACUCCCCCACCUGCACCUACCCAUGCACCCGUUGAUAUCGCCCCGAUUCAUCCACAUGUGUCAGACACACACCGUACAGACUUGCCGAUCACAUUCUUACAGGAUAUCCCUCCACCCCGUCCAGGGGAAGGUCCAUCGAGUCAGCAGCCCAGUCAUAUUCCUCCUGUGUCAGCAGCUAUUCCCUUCAUGCCACAGUUUUCACAUACUGCUCCUUUUGCUUCUGCACCAUCGGGCGAGCCACUUAUUUGGUUUCCGCCCAACAUGAUGCUUGUUUCUGAUCCAUACCAUGCUUCACAUUACACUGGUUACACGAGGGAUGAUCUGCUUUUGUUGUUGCAGCUCCAGCAGGAGUUGUUGUGCCGUAGAGUCAUGGAGUUAGAGAGGAUUCCGCGUCCUCCGCCUUGUCCUUGUCAGUCACCGUUUGUGACUCCACCGGCUCCUCUUCUGCCAUACCCAGAUUUUGACGUUCGUUUUCUUACUAUGGAGCAGCAGAUUAGUUACCUGCUGCGUACCAUUCAUGCUCUUGAGGAGGAGUUAGCGCACGUGCGCAGUUUAUUGUUCGUUCCUCCACCUCCUCCUCCUCCACCAUCAGCUUAG